CAAGCUAAUUUUGAAAAAAAUUAUGUAAGUCUUUUAGUUUAAUAUCAGAAUUUAAUAGAAAUUUGAAAAAAAAAAUGUAAAUCAAUCUACGAAGAAGUUUUUAAUUUGACUAUAAAUAAUGAUAAAUUGAAUAAGCAAAAAUAUAAAUGAAUUUAAAAAAAGAAAAUUAAAAAUUAGAAUAUAUCUUUCAUGCUAUUGAAUUCUAUUAUAAUAUCAUUUGUAAUAAUUUUGAUUAUUUACAAAUUCUUAUUAUACCCAAAACUCAGAUUGAUAUAAAUAAAAAGAAAAUAUGGUGAUAAAAUUAAAGUAAUUCAUCAUUAUGGACCUGGCCUUCUAGUGGAGUAUAAGAAGAGUUACACCUAAAACAAAGAUAGUUUAAGCUUUUUACGCUAGAUGGCUUAUUAGAAUGGAAAAAGUAUUUAAGCUUAUGCCUUUAAUAUUGGUACAAAUGUGGGGUAUAGUUUUGUUGACCCUGAGCUAAUUAAGUAAGUUCACUAAAAUCAUGAUGCUUUUUAAAAAAUUGAUGUAAGCUAAGCUAUUGCUUACCUCUUUUCUAACUCCUUGUUAUUUGCAACAGGAAAAAGCUGGUAAAAGUAGCGUUAGUUCUUAGGAAAGUCUUUCCAUUAUGAUGAAAUUAAAAAUUAUUUUCCAUCGAUUAAAGAUAUUUGCUUAAAAGUUUCUGAUAGAAUAAGUGAGGAGUUAAUAUAAAAUCCAAAUAAAGAAAUUAAAGUUGUCAAGACAUGUGAAUAAAUUACUUCUGAAGUUGUGUUUAGAGCAUUUUUUGGAGCUACUUCUGAAAAUAUUUUUAUUUCUACUGAAAACGGAAGCACAAAAAUACCCAUUUCGUAAGAAUUAGUUUCGGUAAUUAUGGAUUCGUUUCGCAUCCUCUAACAAAGUAAGUUGAUUUAGCUUAAAAGUUAGUUAUUGAAAAGAAAAACCUUUAAUAUAUUCCCUCUAAAAGAAGAAAAAAAAUUACUAAACCGCUUAAUUACACUAAAAUAAGCUUGCAAAAAUAUUGUACUAAAAAGAAAGGAAGAGCUUGUUUCUGAUCCAUCUCUCUAUAAAAAAAAUUUCAUAGAUUUAUACUUAAAAGAAAUUAUUUAAAAUUCUAAUAAUGAAAUAACAAUAGAGGAAAUAGUUGAUAAUUUUUGUGCUUUGUUUUUUGCAGGAACAGAUACUACAGGAAAUAUGACUGGGGCAGCUUUAUAUUUCUUAUCAUUAAACCCAAAGAUUUAACAAGAAGCAAGAGAAGAAGUAAUGCAGAUAAUUAAAUAGAAAGCAAAUAGCUCAGACUUAAAAGAUAUUUAUAAUUAUCUAUCAUUUGAGGAUCUCACUAAAUUGGACCUAAUUAAUUCAAUAUUAAAAGAAUCUUUGAGACUUCUUCCACCUGCUUCAGGAGUACUUCCUAGAAUUUCCAACAGAGAUAUUAAAAUUGGACAAUUUGAAGUUAAAAAAGGAGAUCUUGUAAACACUCAUUUUAUUUACCACCAAAGUAAUCCAGAAGUCUAUGAAAAUUAGGACUAGUUCAAUCCUUAUAGAUGGAUGAAAGGAAAAGAGUAAAAUAAUGCAUUCAAUUUUACUCCUUUUUCGUUAGGACCUAGAAACUGUAUAGGAUAACAUUUGGCGAUGAUAGAAGGUAAGUGUAUUCUUAUCAAUUUUUUAAUAAACUUUGAUAUAAUGCCAAUCCCAUAGAAGCAAGUUUAAUAUGAAAUGAAGGUCAUUUAUGGACUUUAGCCUGAUGACUUAGUUUAUUUCAGAAAAAGAAACAAUUGAAAUCUGUUUGAAAAACAAUGAAAGAAUAUAAAUAAAUAUGUAUUUAAUUUAUACAGUGAGUAUAUAUGUAUGUAGUCUUUUAUAAAUUUAAAAAUAAUAAUUUGUUAUUUUUUUCUAAAAAACUCAAAUUAAAGAUAUCUAUUUAUUUUUAUUAUGCCAUCAUUUAUAAUUAUUCCAAUUUUUGGUAUUUUAAAUUUUUAUUAUUUCAUUUGAUAUUAUUUAUUUUUGAGAUUUUUACCAUAUGAGUAUAGAUAGUAUAGUAUUUCCAUGUUUUAAAUUCUUGUUGAUAUUGAAUAUUAAAAAUUAUUUCAUUACUAGAUAUAUAAAUUUUUAAUCCUAUGAAAAUCAUACAUCCUCAGCUAUAGACUCAGCGCUCGCCUUAAGGAUAAAAUAUCAUAUUGUUAAUAUCUGUAAGGAUAUAUGCUAAAUAAUCAUGAAUUGAAAGAGGUAGUAUCUUAAAUAUAGAUAUUUACAUUUUUAUAUUGUUAAGUGAAAAAUAUCUCUUUAUCAGUUGUUUAUUAAAUUGUAAUAUAUUAAUAAUUUUAUGAUUCUUAAGCAUAAAUCUGCUUUUUCUAGAGUUUUAAUUUGUAUCCUUGACCAUCUAUUUAUCAAUAAUAUUUAAUAAAGAAUUUUUAUAAUAAUCAGAAUAUUUGAUUUUAUCUAGUACAAACAUACAUAUAGAU